ACGGGCGCGGCGGCCAUCUUGUCUCCGAGUUCAGUUCGCCUCGCCGUGUUGGCGCUCGCGGGUCAGCUGUGGCUCGUGCUGCUACGUACGACAUUCGCCGCGUCACAAAUGACGUGACUGUUAACCAAGUGCUCGUUAUUUAUCCAAUGGUGCCCUUAGUUCCUAGCUGCGGUACGGGCCCGGAGAGGUAGCUCGCCACAGAAUGCACAGUUGUGAAAGAUGAGGGUGAACCACCAUGUGAGCUGGGACUCCGACACCCUGCUCACUCCUCCAGCGCCAGCCGGGUGCCUCCUGGUGCUGCUUCUGCUGUACCUGGCUCCCGCGGACUGCUCCGACCCCACCACCUUCCCCUCCUUCCACCACGUGCGCCACUCCACCUCCCUCCCCUGCGAGCACACCUCCCCGCUGGGCGUCACCUGCCACAAUGCCGACCUUGCCAGCAUCGACUUCCCCGAUCACCUGACCGACGUCAGCCUUGUUAAUGUCCCUGCAACCUCCUUGAACGCUUCCAUCUUUGCAAAUGCUGGUAACCUGAAGAAUCUUUCCUGGCAAGACAGCAGGAUCAAAAAAAUUGCCCCCAGCACGUUUUUAAAUCUGAAACAGCUGGAACGUUUGGAUCUGAGCCACAACCACCUCGAAUCUCUUUGCGACACUUCUCUUAGUUCCCUGAAGCAACUAAAAGCUUUAAAUUUGUCAAACAACAGACUUGCUGAUCUUCCCAGUGAUGUAUUCCUAAACCAAGAAAGUCUGGUGACACUGGACUUGAGUCACAACGAACUACAAGUUAUUCCAUUCAACAUUUUUUACUCCAUGCAUUAUCUGGUCACGCUGGACCUGUCAUUUAAUAUGUUAACUUCAAUCGAAGUCGAAUUUUUCAAGCCGAACACAAAUCUACAGUACCUGCAUUUACAAAGCAACAGGCUCUUAAAACUGCAUGGUGCUUUCUUUAGUUUGGAAAGUCUCAAAAUGCUGGACUUAUCAAACAAUUCUUUGGGUGAAUUGCCCAGAAACCUACUAAGAGAUUUAGGGAAUUUACAGUACUUAAGCCUGGGCAGCAAUCAUAUAGAUAACAUUCCUUCAGAACUGUUCCAUUCGCAAAAAAAAUUACUACAACUAAACCUAAGCGAUACUCCAAUACAAAACUUACCAAAUAAUGUGUUCCUGCAAUGUUCAAAAUUAGAAACAUUAAUACUAGAUAACACAAAGCUACAAACAUUACCGAAUGCAAUUUUCAAAGGACUUCAGUAUCUCCGCUUUUUAUCUGCAAGAGAGAAUAUAUAUUUAAACAAAAUGGAAGAUUUUAUUUUUUCUGAUACUAAAAAUCUAGAGCACAUUGAUGUGAGUAGCAGCAACAUGUCAGUGCUGCCUGCUUCAUUAUCCAAGUUAACAAAAGUGAAUGAGCUUCACAUUCAAAACAACCCUUGGGCCUGUGACUGUAGGAUGAUUUGGCUUUUAAAGUGGAGCAAAAUUAUGAACUUAACCAUUAGUGACGUGGACUGCGAUCCCAAAAGGGUACUGACUCAAAGGCCUUCUAACAUAAUACAAAUGCUACGCAGUUUAAACUGUAAACCUACGGAGCUUGUUAGUACAUCACCGACCAAUCGCUAUGCUUUAUAUUCUGAUGCUUUAUUGGAAUGUAAUUUCUAUGGCAGUCCUAUGCCCACUGUGACAUGGAUAACACCAACUGGUAGGAUGUUUCGAUGGGAUCCAAACGCUGAAAUAUCAACUGGUAGCCACGUCAACACCAACUUAACGGAUAGGAUUCAACUGCUGCAUAACGGAACACUUUUCGUUCAUGGCAUUCUACGUCCAGACAGUGGUUACUAUUCCUGCAUCGCCUCAAAUCCCUUGGGUAAUGUUACCACUCACGUGAGCCUGCAAAUUGACCCCAUCACAAUCUACAGGAUUAAGAUAAACAGCAUCCUCAUCGGAGCUGCAGCAGCAACCGUCUUCCUGCUUAUUACAUUAAUAGUUCAGCUCCUGAGAUCAAUCUUCCGAAGAGUCAUUUGGUGCAGAGCCUGUUGUUGCUGUCGUCGCGACAGAGUCUCUCCAAGGGCUAGACAAAUCUACCAGAUGUUGGAGAAUAUUGAGCAAUACAAGACUCAGCAAUUAGAGAAACUUCGGGAGAACUACACGCUGCAGGUUCGACGAAUCAAGGAUAACUGUGCUCAACAAGUAGAUUGGAUACAGGGAAGUUACCAGGGCCAGGUGAAGCACAUCAAAGACAUCCGAGACAUUGGAACCAAUCACCUUACUGGUCUUCGUGACCAGUACUAUGAUCAAGUGAGACGUGUGCGUGACUAUUCCACUGGUCAAUUAAACUGGGUGAAAGAAAACUACGUCUUCCAGCGAAACAGGAUACGAAAAUUCAGUGCCCAUCAAGUGCUUCGGCUGAGGGAAUCCUACAAGUAUCAGCAACAGACACUGAACAAGCUCAUGGAAAAUCUGCCCAGUUUGUACCUGGAAAACUGCCGUAGCGGAUCGUGCGGUAGGGCCGAUUCAGUCGUGAUGGACUCUGAAGCAUCAGAAAUAGAGGUGUACUUAAAAGCUAAAAUGGAAUUCUUGUCGAAAGAGGGGGUGGGGCUCGGUGUUUCAGAUGAUACUCGCAGCCAUUGUUCCUUUUAUUACACUCCCUCAGAACAGUCCGAGUCGCCCAACCUCUCUCCAGGUGUGUUAAUUGUAAACGAUUUUCUGAAUAAUUCCAUUAGCGUGAACAUAGACGAUUGUCCACAUUUAUCUGAACCCCUGACGUCACCAUACUUCAUUCCAUCAUUUCACCGGUCGAAGAGCACCAGAGAAAAACAAGUGCAAGACCAGUGCGCGGUAGUUAACAUUCAUAGCAGUGCAGCAAGCCCUGACAGUGAGGGGGUACCACAAUGUGGGUUACGUGAUGCAACAAUGUUACCAAGUGCAACCCUGAGUACAAGUCUGCCAGAAUUAAGAACGUCAAAUGCACGUCAAGUGUCUGUGGUAAUCCAGGCAAACAACUGUGCAAAACCUAAAAUGAAGAACGAGACUGCAUUGUAGUGCCAAUUAGAUAAAGUUCUAGAAAAUGUUAUAUUAAAGUUAUAACUGUGAUAGAACAGUGUGCUCUACUGUAUUUUCAGAUAGGUACACAUUGUUGCUAGUCUGUGAUUGUAUUUGUACUCCAGUUCAUUUACUAGCCAGUUAUGCUGCUAAAAAGCACCAAAACUUAUGUUCAAAAUGGUUUUUCAUUUAAUUCAGGUAUAAGUUAUUUAAUUCUAUGGAGAAUUUCACAAAAAUAAUAACUAGUUAUUAGAUCACAUGUAGCCAAAGAAAGUAUGCAUUAUCCAGUACUGGUACAUGUGAUUAAAUGGUAAAACCUAUAUGUUCAGGGCAGUAAAUACAUAAAUGUUUUGGUAGUUACAAGUAUAUUAAGAAAAUUGGAACUUUUAUAUAGAAAUUAAUUUUAGCAUAAAAAACUUAUGUUUUUCUAAAUUUAAAAUUGAUGUAUGUGGCAACAAAAGCCACUUAUUUGUUCUUGUGAAAUGAAAUAUUAUCUGUCUGAAAUGGAAGCUGCCUAGAUAAACUGGUAUUUCAAUACCUACGUAUACUAUUACUUUUAUUUAUGUAUAUAAUACCCAAUAGGUUAAUGUUUAUGUGUAUGUAUGUAUGAUUUAAUCACAACACUAUGUUCAAUAACUAAAAUUUUUUUUCCUCAUCUAUGGAAAUCUCAUAAUUCACAUAAAAUUUGUUAAUGAGGUUACAUGUUUGUAUGGCCUUUAGAUAGAAAUGUUGACAUUAUUUUGAGUAUACCCUGCAAAACAAUUUUUUACAAACUUAAUUAUAGAAACAACAUAAUGUAUUUAUUUUUUUCUUCCAACUGGUAAAUUUUUGUUCUCAAACUUGUUCAUAGAAAAUAAAAAUUGAGCCUUUCAAAUGUAAUAGUUAUUAAAUUAAAUUUGUUGGAAGUACAAUUGUUGUUGUAGCUAAUAGAGAAAACAAAAACCCUAUCUCAACAGUUAUUCAACACUUCAGAACUUAAUGCUUAUCCAUGUCAUCUUUUUACUUCUAUUUACAGUAAAAAAAAAUCAUGGUAAUAGUUUUUCUUACAUUGUAUCAGUAAUGUAAACCUCAAUUUUUGUGUGCUCAGUUGCAUUGUGGCACUGUGUGGCCUAAACAGUUAUUUUAAGUUAUUAAUGUACAAACAAAGGUGUGUAGUUUAGCCUUUUAUUUUACUGUUAUUAUCAGCACUUUUUGUAUAAUUGAUUGAGAUAAACAACUAUCUUACAACUCAACAUGCAGCUAUAAUGAUGAAGUUAAAAUCUGACUAUUUUUAUGAAACUAGGGAGAAUGUAUUGCAAUAUAUCAGUAUUUUAUCAAUGUGAUUAAAAUGUUUUAAGGAACUUGUUUUGAGAUAAAUAUGAUAAAAGUAAUAUUUUAUUUAUUUUUUUAUCAUGCCAGCAAAUCAGUUUAUCAAUAAUUAGACUAUAAAUGAUGUAAUAAAAUAUUGUAGACGAUUUACAUGAACAAACCUUUCCAAUGUAGUGUUAUCUUUAUGAAAAAUCACCUUGUUGAUUAGAGUAACACUAAGUUUAAACCUGUUAUUGAUCUUUUAAAGGAAAAAAAAAAGAAGAGUUCCUGUCUCUCAUAGCCAGAGAAUCAAUUUGCUAGGCUUGGAAGUUUAACUACAAGAAAAUUAUAUUAGAAUUCUUAGAUGUUUUCAUUCAAUUUGCAGUCUUAAAACUUAAAAGCAGCUGCCUGUUUUACAGUUACUUAGUAAAUUAGUCCAGAUUUAAAUGGAGGUCAUUUCCAAUAUCAAUGUGAAAAAUGAAUACUCAUGGUUACUGUUCAGUUCAGGUCUGUAGCACCUCCGUAUUGGUGUUUGUUCAAGGUUAUUUGGUGAAUAAAAUAAACAUUUAUAACAAAUCAUACCAUAUGCAAGUAGCUUUAUGUGACUUUUGUUUACAUGCGAUUUAAAUUUUUUCAAGAAAAAAAUUUAGUUGAACUGCAAAUGGGAGUAAAGUAAUAUUUUAUUUAGUUUAUACUAGCUGACCCAUGCAAAUAUUUAGCAAAGUAUCAUGAUUAAACACCAAAUAGUAAUAUAAUAAUGUGAAAAUAAGAAUAUGCAGUAUUUAUUAACUAAAGUUAUUUUAUUUUGAAGAGAAGUAAUAACUAUCAGGUUUAUUGUAAAAAGUCAUUAUCUAAGUAUAUAAUAUGUUCAGCACCAAUGUUAUUGAAGUUAAGAGUAUUUACUUGAUUUAAUACAUUGAUUUAAUUCAGUUAAUUAUGUUUAUUUAGUUAUAUUUACAUUGGUUUAUACAUAUCAGUUUAUAAUUAUUUAUAACACUUUACGUUGAUUUAAUUUGAUUGAUUUGCGUGAUAUUUCACACUUGCAUAUAGAAUGUAAACAAUCUAACUAACAUGACCAUGUUAGUUAAACUGAUUGUAAAUAGCGAGGGUCUCUCCUACAUGUUAGUUAAAUAUAUUUUCAUUAGUAAUGCCAUCUGGUGAUGUCAUUCCUAAUGAAAAUAUACUAUAUGUACUUUUUAUCAAAAGUUUAUUAAUACAUUUUUUUCAUAAAAACCAUUUUAAACUAUUUAUCAUCAAAAGUGGGGAACAUAAGCUUUGAAAUGAAGUUUGAAUAAUUAAUUUCGAUGAAGAAUUAAGGGAGAAAUAAUAUAUAUGAUUACGUUCCAAUUUGUUUGGAUGUGACUAUUAUUUGUUUAGUAUGUACCAAUAUUGAGGUGCACAUUAAACCUCACUAAAAGAAACUACUGAGAGAAAAGUAAAAUGGCUUGAGAAUAAUUUUUAAAA